UCGUGCUUUUUCUCCUAAGUGCCAACUUUGCUGAUUUAUCCUUCAACUUUAUUUCACGCAUCAAUCAAUUUACGGACGCUUAAUGUUACUACGCCAGAUAAUAGUUCCAAAUUGUAGCAGAAUGAAGAUACGGAAGCGUGUUUAUAGCUGGAUAGAACAGGAACGAUCUCGCGAGAUCCAAAUAAACGUUUGUAACUGAACUAAAGCUGUGUUGUUUAGACUAGAGCUUUUUAAAAAUGCCAUCAUUGAGUUUAAUGUUAUUUGAUCAAGAACUCAGUGACGUGUGAAGCACACCAGAGGAAGUUGGCAUGUUCUCUCUGUUGACCAGAGUUCCAAUGAAAAAGAAACAAAGUUUGUCGUCCGGUAACCAUAGCAACCAGGCGCCACACUACACGAACGAGCUCGUGUCGAACGUCAAAAAGAUCGCCAUAACAUGACGUCAGCAGGGAUGGGCGUGGCCAGAGAUUCAUUGCCAAUCAAGGGUCCACCUUCAACAGUGGGAGCCAGCAGCGGGUCGCAUUCACAAGUGGGCGUGGCUGAAGUCUUGUCCCGGUGGAGGGUCCAGAUCCGACAGCAACCCCCACCCCAACGUCAUCCCCCCGUCCCCAAUUUUGUGACCUUGAACCAGAAAGCGGUGAAGUCUGGUCACGUGACGGUCAAACAGGUGAAGGAGUACAGAGCACAGGCAAGCGUGGCCAAGGCUAGCCCCGCCUCCAAAGCGCACAGGGGAAGAGCUCCGCAACGGACACAAAUCCCGGACAUCACCUUUGGGGUCAAGUCAAGGGCACCAACUCCAUUCUAUGACGUUUUGUCUCACGAGUAUGCUCGCCGCUGGAUAGAGGACCAAAUGAAAAGACGCAGCGAGCACGAACGCCGCCAUGUGGCAAAGUGUGUGUCCUUCGCCCACACACGCACCUCUUUGCUGCGAACUCAAAACGCGCAUCCUCACAUCAACGCACACACACACACAUGUGGCCGCUACGCGCAGGUGGGCCCUGCUCUCGACACCUUCAGGAAGCGUCGCACAAACCCGCCAGUCAACAAGUCGGUCGGCUAGCGCGCCUCCAACGAGUCAGCCACUGAACAAAGCAAGAAGUGAUGACUGCAAGAAAUAAAAGUUAAAGG